GAAGAGAGAGAGAGAGAGAGAGACAAUGAGAACGAUAAAGAGAGGGAGACGACCCCUCUAACCGGGCGAUGCCACUCAACUGAAUCCCCGCUCCGUUCUCGCGGCAGUCUGACGCCGGUCGCGCAGUCAGCAUGGUUGGAUUUUCGCGCAGUUUUUCACCGGUCCUACCGUGCUGAGGCUCCGACUUGGUGCUCCACGUAAUUUCAGUUGCUCGCAAUCUUGCGUGGUGUCGGUGCGCGUUGCGUACAUAUCGUCGCGGGCGCUCAAAGUGACGUUCAACGUAACAAUUGAGAGCGAGAAGCUCGAGAAACGACGCCAGAUGCUUGAACCUAACCUCCAAGCACAAAGAUUGCCCCGAGGGAGCACGCUCGCUGUUGCACGGCAACGAUAACUCGCGACGUCGUAUAUUCCGUGUAUCUCGCGUGAGUCUCUCUCCUUUGCGCGUUUCCCCGAAAUUCGCGGGAUCCGUGAUUUCUCGCGACGCGAUCGAUCUCGUGUGACAGCGUGGUAAACAACGAGACAAAGGGAGGGGUGACGAGGAGAGAAGUCCGAAGUUUUCUGCUUACGUCUUCGCAUCGUAAAACUCUUUCCGCGGGGCAUCUCGGCUGGUGAUGUGAGUGAUUGACGAAGAGAGGAGAAGCGACUCGUAAAUGACAGUGCAGUGAGAGAGAAGCGAAAAGACAGAAAGGAAAAAAUUCUGCUUCGCAAAUCGUAAAUCUUGACGACGAGAGAGGAGAGGAAAGAGAAGAUCGUCCCUUCGAGAUUCUCCGAACCCCGAAUCUGCCAAAUUUUAUAGAAUUUUCUUCGUCACGAGCGAUACCAUGGGAUUCGUGGUAUUCCCCGACGCCGUACGAGAAGGGUCGCCGACGCAAAGAGAUAAACUCUGAAAAUUGUUUCGCGUAGGAAGAGAGAGCAUUGUGCCUGUAUAUCGUUUCUAAUUGACAGAUAGAGGAAGGAGCAAGCGGAAGAUAACUAGAAGCGGGAAUGAGAAGAGGGUCAGGUGGAAGAUACGAAAUGUUCGAAAUUUACGAGUGAGUGAGUCAGUUUGCUUGCACGUCGCAGGAUCCAAGGUGGUAUUUAAAGGCGGUCGUGCACUAUAACAAAUAGUUGAGCCGUGAACUGGUUCACCGUGCAACGAUACCGGAAGCAAGCGGCAUCUAUCCAGCAAAAACGGGAAAGUUCGUGAAAAUUUGUAAGAGCAAGAUGUAAAGUUUCAAGCACAGUCCAUCUGCAUGUCCGCGUAGCGAAUUGUUGCACGAAGAGAUCGACGAUGAGACGACGUGCGUUUUGCGACAAUCGCCCUGUGGGAGAACGCAUCGCGAUUUUUUAAUUCGCACGAUUUGAAUCCUAAGAAUGAUGAGGCAUCGCGCGGCUCGACAUUGAGAUUUUGAAAAGAAUAGGAUCCACGGUAAUCCGGCCCGAUGGGUUAAAGACGGUUGCGAUCGACGGCGCGAUUCUCGUGCUGCUUGCGAAAUGGCGAUCGUAGCGCGUUCUCGAAAGUGCAACAAGUGGCGUAGAGAUCCUCGAUGCUGAGACGUCAUCGAUGUUACCCGAUAGACGGACGAGGGGAUUUGACCCGGGACCGAUCACGACCGGUUGGAUCGAGGCUCUCGGGCAGAAGGAUCGUCGUUGUUUCCUAGGGACGUGCGCGAUGGACCGGCGAGAUUAAGCGCGUCUAAUGAACUCUGAAUCCGUUUCUCGCUCGUCUCGAGUACGAUCGUCUCGAAAUUUCUUCAUCAAGGUUCUCCUUGCCGGACUAAGUAGAUUUACCUUGACUAACGAAUCGAGAGUCGAGAGGAUUCGAUCCGAUGCUGUUGCUUAACAUCAUCAAAGUGUACUUCAUUGACCGAGAGAUCGAAAGAUAGACGAAGAGAGUGGCUCCGAGCUGGGAUUUUAACUUGGAUUUCGUUGGUUUUUCUCGAACUCGAAUACGUAUAUCUGCCGACACCGUCAACGUGUAUAUGUUAUGAGAUACUUAUAAAGAAAUCUUUAAUUUAUACAACGCUUUUCCAAGGCAAGAAAAAUUAGUAUUAAUACAAAUUAAUAUACAUAUUAAUAUACACGUUGGAACAUCGUGGAGUCCAAUAUCACGCAUUGAUGCUCGAAGAAAGACUGCAAACGCAAGUCCAUGGCGACGAAGGCUCUCGAUGUUGAACAGACGAAAGAGAUACUCGCUGGGAAUUGUCAACGAUUCUCGAAACUGCUACAGAGCCCCUUGUCGGCGGAUACACUGAAUAACGUCAUAACGGCGUUCAGGUGCCACAGGCAAAUACGUCCGCUGACUCGCUCAAGGACGGACACUUUGCGAUAAUCCACGUCAGGGCGUUGUCGCAUUUGCAGAGACGUCGUCGAGUGAGACGAUGGUGAUGAGGAUAACAGCGAACGAAGCUGGCGUUCCUCUACUAGGCGCCGUUGGUCCGCGCUAUGUCGUCAAGCAGGCGACGGUGAAGCGUUGCGUCCUGGCGCUACUUCUUAUCUCCGUCGCCAGCAUAUUCUACUAUACUCAUUACAUCAUCAGCAGUGGUCCACUAUCCAGUUUGAUACACCGAGAUACAAGGCCGGAGCCAGCGAUACGAUGUUCAACUCUAAGAGGAGCAACUAGACUACCGUCAGCACCAGACCAUCGUAGUGAAGCACGAUUAAGGAUAGACCCGAAGGUGUUGGUCUUUGUAGAGACUCUAUAUUCGAGGCUAGGCCGAGAAAUAGCUGAACUGCUAGUUUAUAAUCGAAUAAAGUACAAAGUGGAAGUGACUGGUAAAUCUUUGCCGGUAUUGACGAAUCUUGAUAAGGGUCGAUAUGGGGUACUGAUUUUCGAGAAUCUAAACAAGUAUCUGCAGAUGGACAAAUGGAAUCGCGAACUACUGGACAAAUAUUGCAGAGAAUAUUCAGUUGGCAUUGUGGGUUUUGCCCCUCCUGGAGAAGAAAGCCUAGUUGGUGCUCAACUCAAGGGCUUUCCACUUUUUAUACAUACAAAUCUUAGAUUGAAGGAUGCUCAGCUGAAUGCAGCAUCUCCCAUUCUUCGAUUAACCAGAGCAGGGGAAACGGCCUGGGGACCACUUCCUGGCGGUGACUGGACUAUUUUUCAGGCCAAUCACAGUACCUAUGAGCCGCUCGCUUGGGCGCACCGAGACAGCCUCGACUAUCCGGCCAACAAAAGUCCCCUAGCCACCGUCAUUCAGGAUCAUGGCAGAUACGAUGGAAUUCAAAGAGUUCUUUUCGGCGGUGGCCUGAGAUUUUGGCUGCACAAACUAUUACUGCUGGACUCGUUGUCUUAUUUGUCGCACGGGCAAUUAAGUCUCAGUUUAAAUCGUAUGAUCCUGGUGGACAUUGACGAUAUAUUCGUCGGCGAGAAAGGCACUAGAUUAAAAAAAGACGAUGUAAUGGCAUUGUUGGCCACUCAGCAGAGAAUUCAAACUCUGGUGCCGGGGUUCAAAUUCAAUUUGGGGUUUUCCGGGAAGUAUUUUCAUCACGGGACAACGGAGGAGAAUUUGGGGGACGACAUGCUUUUGGAGAACGUAGACAGAUUUACGUGGUUUUCCCACAUGUGGAACCAUCAACAACCGCAUCUGUACGAGAAUGUAACUCAUCUACAAUUGGACAUGGCGUUGAACAAGCAAUUCGCAAAGGACCACGGUAUACCGACCGGAAGCGGAUACAGCGUAAGUCCGCAUCACUCCGGCGUUUACCCGGUCCAUGAAGGUCUUUACGAAGCGUGGAAACGAGUAUGGAACAUCAAGGUCACGAGCACCGAAGAGUAUCCGCACCUGAGGCCGGCACGUUUGAGACGCGGCUUUAUUCAUCGUAACAUAAAGGUCUUACCAAGACAAACUUGCGGCCUUUUUACUCACACGAUUUUUAUCGAGAGAUAUCCAGGCGGGAGGGAAAAGCUGGACGAGUCGAUACAGGGCGGUGAACUUUUCCAAACGAUCGUAUAUAAUCCGAUAAAUAUUUUUAUGACGCAUAUGUCGAAUUAUGGAAAUGAUCGAUUGGCAUCGUACACUUUCGAGUCGGUUAUAAAAUUCAUUCAGUGUUGGACGAAUUUAAGACUAUCCAGUGCACCACCGCUUCAACUUGGAGAACGUUACUUUCAAUUAUAUCCCGAAGAGGCUGAUCCAGUGUGGGGAAAUCCAUGCGACGAUCAGAGACACCAAAAGAUCUGGUCUCGUAAUAAAACUUGCGAUCAAUUGCCGCGAUUUCUAGUAAUCGGACCUCAAAAAACUGGCACCACGGCAUUGUAUACGUUUCUGUCUAUUCAUCCAGCAAUAAGCAGUAAUCUACCGAGUCCUGAUACUUUUGAAGAGAUACAGUUUUUCAAUGGAAAGAAUUAUUACAAAGGCCUCGAUUGGUACAUGAGCUUUUUUCCGGCGUCGAAAAAUGAGAGUUCUCGAUAUCUAUUUGAGAAGUCUGCCACUUAUUUCGAUGGAGAAUUAGUGCCGCGGAGAACCCAUGCGCUUCUUCCGAGGGCUAAACUAAUCACUAUAUUGUUGUCUCCAGCUAGACGAGCUUAUUCAUGGUACCAGCAUACCAGAGUGCAUGGAGAUCCGGUAGCGAACAAUUAUUCCUUCCAUGAGGUUAUUACGGCAAGCGAUUCCGCACCAAAACCCCUACGGGAUCUUAGAAAUAGAUGUCUAAAUCCUGGAAAAUACGCCCAACAUUUAGAGAGAUGGUUAUCGUUUUAUUUACCGCAGCAAUUACAUAUUAUCGACGGCGAACAAUUGCGACAAAAUCCCGUUGAAACAUUGCAUGAAUUGCAACGAUUUUUAAAGAUAACACCUGCGUUCAAUUAUUCCUCGCAUCUGAGGUACGAUCCGAAAAAGGGUUUCUUUUGCCAAGUAACCAAUGAAGAUCGCACUAAGUGUCUGGGAAAAAGUAAAGGUCGCCAGUAUCCACCAAUGGAAGAUAGAUCGUACAAAUUAUUACAGAGAUAUUAUUUAUCUCACAACACGGCUCUAGUGAAAUUAUUAAAGCGACUUGGGUCCAGAACGAUCCCGCAGUGGCUAAAGGAAGAUCUCACCGACACUGUGAUGACCUAGCAAACGCCAAUUACGUGAAACUCUAGUGUUUCUCGGCUGCUUGCUUCUGCUGUUAGCGAAAUACAUCGUUUGCUAAUGGAAGAUCUGUAAAUUAAUUGUACAUUCGAAACUCCAUUGGAUUCUACAUUUUCAAAAGAAGGACCAUGACUGGCCUAUCUCAGUAGACUGGCCUAAUUUAAUGGAAGGGAAUUUACAAAAGCUAGUCACUAAGCGGCUUUACGGAGCCACAGUUGUAAUUGUCGAUCAUUGUUAAGCUAAAAUAAUAUUAUUAAUAGUUCUUUUUUUAAUUUUAUUACUAUUAUAUUAUUAUUAUCAUCAUUAUCAUCGUUACCGCAUAGAUAAGAGAUUUUAAGAAUACAUAGUUUACUGGUGCCAUUGCUCAGCAAUCGUGUUUAGGCAUCUUUCGUUCCAUUUACCGAUGUAUAAGUUGGGCCAAGAAAAACAGACCAAUUGUUUUGCAUUUGGCUUGAAAUUUAUUUAAAAAAGAAAGGUAUGUAUAUCUUACAAAAAAUAUUAUGGACCUGUUUUUAGCAAUUUUGUGAUAUAUAGACAAAGAAAAUCAGACAAAAUAUAUCUAUAAUCUUAGAAAUUUAUAAAAAAAUAUCAAUAUCAAAAAUCAAUAUCAAACUUGAGUAAAUAAAUUUUUACAAUAACAGUUUUACAAUAACGUGAUAUGCGUGCUAUGUACAAAUGAUACCGAAUCGAUAAGAGUACUCUUCAACGAAACGCACUGUAUAGAAAAUUAAAAUUUGAUUUUCUUAAUAUUAGACUUAUUCAAAUCAUGUUGUUUUGAGAAAUAUAAAUUUUUCAUGUGUAAAGAUCAUUGUGAUGAAUUAUAUUGGUUGGUUUUUUUAUUAGGCGGUUCAUCAAUAGUUCUUUUUGCAUUAAUCUUCCACGCGAGCGUAAGAUUUCGAAGCUGAGCUUUUUUUCUUGAGCCUGUCAAUUUUCAGAGAUACAGUAUAUGUGUUAAUUCUCGUUAUAUAUUUAAAAUCGAUGAUGAUGACGAUAAUGACGAGAAGUCUGUAUAUUUUGACAAUACUAUUCUUGGUACUGGCAAUGGAAAAGCCAACAAAAGAUGUGAUCGCGUCCGUUUGUAUAUUGAUGUAAUACAUAUUUUACGACGUUAACAUAAAUGUAUUAUAUGAACAAAAAGAAUUCGAAAUAGACAUCAAAUGUAUCCGAGAUGAAUUUCAAAGUUUCUCGAUCCCAGAUGCGAUGGCGAACAAAAGUCCGCUUGCAAUAAUCAACGCUAUCAGAGUCAAACUCGUGCAAAUGUUAGAUUAAUAAACAAUUACUUGACAAACUACGCAGAUUACCUGCUGAUAAGUUAUAUAUGGAAUUAUGCAUGUAUGAAGAUUUUAAAAUUUGUCGCGUAUUGUACGUUAAUAAAUCAUGGAUUUGAAAAGUGUUGUAAAGUAUAGUAUUAGGUCUGAUCUUUUAGCUUAAGCCCAAAUGAAACAUAACGACUUUGCAAGAUUAUUUAUUGACAUAUUUUUUUUUACUUUCGAUAUGUGACUAACAGAAUGCAUACUCACGCAUGCGCAUGUAUGCAUUCUUGUGUGUAUGUGUGAGUGUGUGUGUGUGUCUAAUUGCUCGUUUUGGAGUGAUGUUCAUGCAAAAUAUCUAUUUUAUUGUACUUCAAAAAAACAUAGAUUGAAAAUCAGUCUAACGAGAUUUUGCUGAUUGAAAAGAAUGCUAAUAAGAUCUGAUUUAUAUUACAUAUAUUUUUUUUAUAAUUUAUUAAUCACUUAUACAUAUAUAUUAUCUCCAACGCGAACUAUAUGUACAAAUAUUUUUAAUAAUACUGUCUAUGUAUCUGUGACUAUCUAUAAUUGUACAUUGUAAGAAGUUUAUUGCGAAGAAGGACGUUUAAAAAUCUGAUGGAAAAGUUACCUAUGUAUUAUAAUAUCUGCUUGCCGCACUUUUUAUAUUGAAAAGUGUAUUAAUAUUAUAUGGUCCAUUAAGAAAAAGUCCUAAUCCAAGACGAGCAAUCCAAUAGCAAAUUUGAUUGGAUGCAUUAGUGCACACUGAUGCACAUAAAAAUUAUUAUAUACAAAUUUACAAUGGCAUAAAUAAUUUAAACAGUAAAAUUAAUACUAAACUAUUAUUAUUGUUGUUCAAUACGAAUAAUGAUAAUAAUAACAUAUUAUUAUAGUUAUCUUAAUGUUUUAAUUAUUUACAGUUAUAUUGCAAAUAUUUGUGGGUGAUAACCAGUAAUGUGUACUAAUACAUCCAACUGAAUUUGUUGACAUGAUGAAAUAAAGGAAACAUUUUUCGUUACAAUUUUAGUUAUUUAUCAUCACAUCAGUUGUUUCUUAUUACGAAUGUUUCUGAUGAUUUUGUACAAUGAUCUCUGCAUUGGAGUUAUGCAUGGAUCAUGUUAUAUUCAGAUAAUCUUUUAUAUAUAAAUCUUUUGUUACGUUUGUAUGACUUGUUUUCAUUUUUAUACUGCCGUUAAAAUUAUGCCAUAAUGUUUAAUAAAUCAUGUACAAAGUUAUUAUUAGUAUUAUAACAGUAGUUGUUAGUGAUAAUAAGAUAAUAUCAAUUAAUUGACCUGUUUUAUGGAAUCGUGCCAUUUUACCAGUGUUGUAUAUAUGAUUAUGAUUAUAAUGUAUCAAUCAUGUUGAAUUUUUAGAGUCAAUAUUCUUGAUUUUGUUCGGUAUGGCGGUAGCAACGAAUGUCCGGCUUGCUACUACCUGACAAUAACCUGACGGCAAACAGAGGUAGAUGAUAACCUUGCGAAAUUUACCAGAAUCGCACAAAAGCAGAGCCAACAGUUAGCAUUAUCUCAUCAUUGAUUUCACAUUUUCUUUAAUUAUCUUUUCUAUUUUUCUAUUUCACAUAUACAUUUUAUGGUUUUUUUUCUAUUUUACUAUUUUAUAUCCUCUAGUUAUAUGCUUUUUUAUUUUUCUAUGUUUUAAAACUUUUGUAUGAGUAUAUAAUAUGAUUGAACAUAAUGUAGUAAAAUACAUAACAUAGUAAAAUUAUGUACAGCAUUAAUAUCCAAAUACUAUCAAAUUAUAUAAAUACAUGUUAAAAACAUGUUAUGUUAAAUAUAAGUACUGGCAUAUUUAUUCGUUUUGUUUUUGUCUUAUUACGCAUUGUUCAAAUAAAUAAGAACAUUUGGAUUUUUACAAUUAUAUAUAAAAUGCUGAUGAUUAUAUAUAUAAUCAAUGAUGGCAUACUGCUAACUGCUUCCAAAUUUCGUAGGUGCAAUCGUUUGCGUAUAAAUACGCUCAGAAAUAACGAGCAUUCUGUAAAUAUUCUGUUCCAAUAGAGACUGUCACACAGAAAGAGAAAUGCCAUUGUUGUACGAAUAAAACUGCGCGUAGGAGGUAUGUAUGACACUCUAAAAAACAAAACUUUAAUUAUUUAACUUAUAAUUAUUCUAUUGUAAAAUAUUGUAAUAAUUGUACGAAUAGCUUAUAAGUUCUAAUAAAAGAAGCACUGAAAA